CUUACGGCGGAAACCGGUUGUUCCAUCCCAAGCCAAUUCCGGUAGUUGGUGCUCGUCAAUUUCCCUUCCAGUGUUAGUAAUAUCGAGUGUUUUGGAACGAUGGCGCCUAAAAACUCCGCAACAAAACAGGAUGACGAACGAAAGUCGCGCCCAUCCGAACCUCCUAUCAACGGUGGAAAGUGCCCAACCCUGUAUCACCGGUGGGACAUCAAGUUUGCCGGAACGAUUAUAGAAUCGCUGCAAUGCAAUAACCAGUUAUAUCCGCUGAAGGAUUGUCCCAUUUGUCCCGAGAUGUUUGAGAGUGAGCCAACAUCAUCCGAGAACCAAACAUUCCAUCUCACCGUGAAGCAAACCCGAGUUUCGACCUUUCAAAUUGGCGUCGGAAACCGAAGUGACGUACCGGUCUGGUUGGAUUCGGUCCUUGUUUUCGAUGCCGACGGAAAGCUUGUGAAAAUAUUAGUCAAAAAGCCGGUGCUUCUAGGAGCAGCGCUCGAAAAGGGUAUCAGCAAGGAUAUCGUCACAGUCGAAGAGAUGGUGCUAACGGUCGGCCGAACCUAUCGUGUAAUUUUGAAGGGAAAGUCGGGGGAUGAUAAUUCCCAAGAGCACUGUAAGCUGAUCAUCGAACAGUAUCGCCUUACGGAGGAUGAGUCGAAGGUUAACAGCAAGAGGACCGAGUUCAAUCUGACAAAAUUGCGCCCAUUUAUAAUAUCGCCAUUAGUUUCGGCCAUGUACACGAACCACUCCAAGAUCGAUGAUUCAUCUAUGCAGAAAGAUCUUCUGGAACUAAUUGAAACGUCCAAGCAGGAGUUUUCGCCGAGCAAUUACGGCCAACAAAUUGAUCUUCUAAAUCAAAUCGAACUGCAUCACCUGCUGCAGGAGUUCGGCAAAUACACACUUCAGAAACCAGUCAUCCAAGCGACGGAAUCUCCGCUGCAUUACAACAUUUCGAUUGAACAAUUCGCCGUAAGACCGUCCCUGCUGAGUGAAGACGUCAGGGUACAAUUCGUCAAAGAAGAAAAGUCCAAAAAUGUGUUCGGAUAUAUUUCGAAAAUUACCGCGGAGAUGAUCGUAAUCCUCGUGGAAAAGCGAGUUGAUAUCGAUGAUGUGACACGAGUCGUGUUCCACGUGGACCGAUCCACGUUUCAGCUGGAGCAAACCGCGGUGGUACUGAUGAAGGAGCCGCUGGUCGAGCAAAUUUGCUUUCCCACGGCAGUUACCGGCGGUCCUGUGGAGGCUAUUGACAGCUUCGAAUGGUUCCGUCCGGGCAUUACAUCCAACAAAGAGCAGAUGGUGGCCGUCAUGAGCAUUGUCAACCAGACUUCGUUCCCAGCCCCGUACAUCUUAUUCGGGCCUCCGGGCACAGGCAAAACCUCUACCCUGGUGGAAGCCAUAGCCCAAGUCUACAAGCUUCGGCCAACUGCAAACAUCCUGGUGACGGCCACGUCCAAUUUUGCCGCCAAUGAACUGACUUGCCGUCUGCUGCAGGUCAUCCCGAGCAGCAGCAUUUUUCGAUACUUUUCGCGUACCAGCGGCAAAAAGAUCGACGAAAUCAACUGGGAUAUUGUUGAAUUUUCCAACUUGGCUGGAAGUUCGACCGGAAACAUCUGCCAUGAGGACAUCUACGGCUCCCGAGUGGUGGUGACUACCCUAACGAUGACCGGAAGACUGGUGCAGGCGCAAAUCAAUCCCAAGCACUUCAGCUAUAUAUUCAUCGAUGAAUGCGGAAGUGCUAAGGAGAUCACCUCGUUGAUUCCGAUAGCUGGACUUGCCACACAUAACCAAGAAAUCAACGCCAGCAUUGUAUUAGCGGGCGAUCCCAAACAGCUGGGGCCAGUUUUGCAGUACGAGCUACUCAAGCAAACCGUUCAUAGUCAGUCUAUGCUCGAACGUUUGAUGAACCUUCCCUUGUACGCUCAGGAUCCGGAGACGAACGAAUACAACGGUAAGGUUGUAUCGCAGCUACGUCAGAGUUUUCGCUCUCAUGCCAAACUGCUGGAGUUUUGCAACCAGCAAUUCUACAACGGGAUGCUUCAAGCGAAGGCUCCAUACGACAUUCAGGAGCGCGCCGUUGGAUGGUGGCGUCUGCCAAACCGAAAGUGUCCAAUUAUUCUGCAUCCGGUUGAUGGCCAAACGGAACAGGACAAGCACAACUUCAGCUUGUUCAACCGGAAGGAAUGUUGGAAGGUCAUGUUCUACGUUGGCGAUAUGCUGAACAAAGGAAUUAACGGAAGGUCGGUAACGCAGAGUGACAUCGGUAUCGUUUCACCCUACGUUCAGCAAGUACGCUAUCUGAAGAAUUGCUGCAAAUCGCGAGAUUGGACUGACAUCGAAAUAGGGUCGGUCGAGCAGUUUCAAGGGAAGGAGAAAGCCAUCAUGCUUAUUUCCACCGUUCGAUCUCGGUGCAAAAACGUAGGAUUCUUGGCCGAUGCCGCGCGGCUAAACGUUAUGCUUACCAGGGCGCGAUCGCUCAUGAUUGUGAUCGGUAAUCCGGAAACGUUGCGGCUGGAUCCGUUGUGGGAAAAGUUUAUCGAAUUCUGCCGCCAAAACGGAGCGAUUGCCAGGCCACAUGACCGGAAGCCGAAGUUGAACGGGAAAGAAACGAACAGUGAUAGUGAGGUAACUGCCUCGACGGGCGAGUCUUUGGCGUCAAUGAAUUCGCUGAUGGCGGCGAUUCCAGACGACUGAAUCGAGGGAAUUAAUAUGCAGGAACUUCAAGCAACAAUCGAUAGCUUCUACCGCCUCGACCUAGAUCGUCAAAUGUAGUUACUGUUGUGAGGUUGUCUUUUUAACAUGUAAGCGUUAAGUUCGAUGUCAUUAAGUAAAUCAUUAUCGUACAGUAAUUCUCAUAUCACUUUCAGCUAUCAUUCAUUAA